UGCUUCGGGAUUCAGUUGCAUUUAGAACGUCGUCGGAUGUGUUUCGUUGGAGGUUUUUGGGAAGUUGCUUCGGUGUCUCUAUCAAUCAAGUCAAGAUUGUGUCCUCCCUAUCUGUGGUACUACCAGUCUAAUGCCAGUUUCGUCGUUAUGACCUCGAAUCGAUUGGAUUAAUUGGAGUCAGUGGCUAGUAGUUAAAAUAGGAAAAUAAGCGGACGCUUUGCGUGGAAGUGAACAGAGUGUAAUCUAGCUUACGCCUCAGCUUGAAGUGUGAGGGAGUGAUUAACUAAUAUCCGUGGAUUUGAAGAGUUGUUGGGCGUGUGUAGAUCUACCUUCGACGGGCUAGAUCAUUAGACAUUUUCUUCCCCUGUGUGCCUGACCGAAAGGAAUGCCCUUUAACUGCAGUCGCGACUGUGUUGGUAUUCGAUACCGCAUCAACGCCCUGCACCAGACCUGGAAGUGGUUGCACCAGACCAUCGCCCUGCACGAGUAUCUGAUCUCUAUGAGCGGUUCCGAUACGGACAAUUUCAGCCGCGCCAGUGCCGUUGUCCAUCGAAAGGCACUGUAA